UUUAUUCCUCCAUAUCUGUAAAAAGUUUUUCUCCUUCUCACUUGAAAAUUCUUCAAAUUUUCACUACUCAAUUCACUCAAAUCUCUUAAAUCUGUAUGCUAAUACCACAAAAUGUGACCAUAUUUUAAAGACCCAAAAUCCAUAAGAAAAAAUUGUGACUCCAUCAGAAAUCGAGUUAUCUAAAGCGGAAGAAAGUUCAAAGUUAGAAGUUUGAAGCUGCAAGUGUUUGAAGUUGUAUGAAGUUUCGAAGUUGUUUGGAGUUUUGAAGUUGUUCAAAGUUUUGAAGGAAAUGAGAGGAACUGGACGAGGUAAAAACGGGAGAGGCGGGACAGGCUGUGGACGUGGAAAUUCUGGAACGACGUCUCAACCACAAAUACAAUCAAUAGGGAUUAACGAGGCACCUUUGGAGAUAGGACAAUCAAGUAACCCAAGUCAAGGAACUCUACAGUCCGGACAAAUAUCAUGUAACCCUCUCCAAAGAACAUCUCCAGAGACACAAUCAUCAAGGAAUCUGGAAGAAAAUGCAUGCCCCUCUCCAGAGGCUGAAAAUGGUACAUUUUCUCGCAUCAAUAAAAAGAGAGGAAGGGGAAAAUAUAAAUCUAAAACAGUAGAUAUAAAAACUAAGUAUGGAGGAAAAAUCACAAUAAUGAUUCCAGAUGACAUUGAUAGAGCUGUGGGUUCCGGGGCUAGAGAUAUUGUUAAUUACUCUGGUUUGAUCAUGAGGACCUAUAUCUCGUUUCGAGAGGGAAAAUGGCAAAAUAUUGUUUUGAAAUACGGAGAAGCAAUGUGGUUACAGGUCCAGAACAAAUUUGAAGUUUGUGGUGGGCUGCGAGAGCAUAAGUUGCAAGGCUUUGUGAUAAGUAGUAUGCAAAGGCUUGUUAGAGCAUGGAAAGCUCAAUUGCACACUGAUUACCUCCGUUAUUCUACUGAUGAAGACAGAUUGUCUCAUCGACCUGAGGAUGUUCAGUUGGAGGACUGGAAAUACCUAGUAAAGUAUUUUGGAAGUGAGGAAUUCAAGGUUGUCAGUGAGAGAAACAAAAGAAAUAGGGCAAAGCAAAUAACUAAGCAUGCUUGUGGUACAAGGUCUUUUGCAGAAGUAGAAGAAUCUACGAGAGAUCCGGUUUCUGCAGAAAAGGACAAACCAGAUAAAGUGUGGGAGAUCCAACAUACACGUAAGAAUGUUAACGGAGAACGGGUGUGGUUGGAUUCAAAAUCCCAACAAAUUCAUGGCCAGCUUCAGCAACUUGUUGUUGAACAACAAUCUGAAGAGGUUGGGUAUCCCAUGACUAGAGAAGAGAUGUAUUCAUCCAUUCUUGGUCAGAGAUCAGGCUAUGUUCGUGGUUUUGGAUAUGGAAAGAAGCCUCCCAGAAAGACUCAAAUGCAGCAGGCAAACAUAGAAGCCAGCGUGUCUUCUACGAUGGAAAUUAUGCGUCAAGAGAUGCAAGCUGAUAUGGACCGGAAGUUCCAAGAAGAACUGAACCGAAAGUUGCAAGAAGAAAAUGAACAGAUGGCUAUCGACUUAAAAAAGAAGAUGGAAGAAGAUUUGCAAAAAAAAUUGGAAGAGGAGCGUGCACACAUGAGAGGAGAAUUUGACAAGAUGAUCCAAGACCAAAUGGCUACUUUCAUGACUAGAAUUCUACAGGGACAAGGUUCUUAAGCAAUGGGGCUGCCCAAAGAGGAGCUUCAAGGCGUGCAAUGGAAGUUUUUGAUCAUAUGUAAUAUGCAUACAAUGGAAGUUUUUGAUCAAAUGUAAUAUGCAUACAAUGGAAGUUUUUGCUUUUGGAUCAUAUGUAAUAUGCAUACAAUGGAAGUUUUUGCUUUUGAAUCAUAUGUAUAUGCACACAAUGAACCGAAGUACUAUAUAUAUGUACGUAAUAUAUAUGCAGUUGA